AUGGAAACCCCUGAAAUACAACAACAAAAAUCACUUCAAAAAUUGCGUAAUAAUGCUGAAGAAGACAGGAAAAAGAGGAUAAAAAUGAUUGUUACACACAGAGAGCUGUUAUUAAAGGAAUUGUUCACAAUGACGGGUGAAGGUAACAUCAAUGAAAAUGACCCUGUUAUCUCAUUCUUGAAAGGCGGUGAUGUGACCCAAGUAGAUCAGGAUAAAUGGGGUGCAUACCUCGACAAACACAAAAUCAGUAAUGUCAAAUUAAAUAUGAAUAAGGGCGACUUUUCUCCCACAUUCGAUCCCUCAGACCCUUCAAGAAAGCUAUUUCGUCGCCCUCCUCCGCCUGUUCGAAUGGUCACAAGGGGUGUAAGUGGAGCCGUAAGACCCAAAAGCGUAGAUGAAAUACUAUCUAGUCUGGAUCAAAAAGACACCUUAUCCUCCUCUGGAGAAAAGAGUUCUUCGCCACCUUAUCGACGCUCUACUUAUCACCAUCAUCAACAACCACCCCGCAUCAUCACCACUGUAAAUUCCGCUAGACCAUCACUAGAUCCAUCUAAAUCCACCCACUCUUAUUAUAACGGCAUCGAAUUAUCACACUCUUCUAAACCGGAAACAAAUAAUGUAGAUUUAUACGCUUGGCAAUUACGUGCAAAUCAUUUCCCACUUUACAAACAACUACAGACUGCUCGAAAGACUCUAACCACACACGACUGGAUGCUGGCCAGAGAUGAGCUGAAAUCCGUAAAGACAAUUGGAAAGAUCGAAGCUUUAAAAAAGAAAAACAUGUGGGGAUUAAGGCAAUUGAAACGACAUCGUGCACCACCUCGCUCAAAAACACAUUGGGAUUCUUUAGUGGAUGAGAUGAAGUGGAUGCAAACAGAUUUUAAACAGGAGAGGAAAUGGAAAAUAGCUUUAGCUUAUCAAACAGCAAGGGAUGUCAUGGCAUGGCACCAUGCAGAGGAUAAAUCCACCGUAUGUGUAAAAUCUCGUAUUCCCAGUCCUAUCACUCCUCCUGCAUCUCCUACACCAUUGGAACAUACAGUUAACAGUAAUGAUACUGUUGUGUCAAUGGAAGAAAUAAUAGAACCUCAACUACUUGUUGAAACAGCACCUGAAGAAGCCACGACCGAAGAUCCCAUUAAAAAUGAUGCUAUGAUGGGUACCGACACUGCAGAUUUAAAGUUGGAAACUGAACAUCCUGUGGAUCUAAAUACUUUUGCGAUGGAUACAGCGGAUGAAUCCUCCAUGCCCACCACACCUAAUUUCACAACUGCUUCGCUAUCAACUGAUAUCAUUCAAGAAUAUCGCAACAUUAUUAAAGAAUUCGAUCCCAAUAUGCCGAUUUUGUCACUGUCAAUUGAAGAUUUCGGUGAAUUCAAUGCUAGUGCCUUAUUUCCAGAUAUGCUUACUUACGAACCUCCCAAUCCCGAUUUCGAUGACGCUUAUUUUAACGAAGUAGAGUAUGGAAAGAUUACACCAAUUUCGAAACUAUCCUGUCAACGUGUUACACUUAAAACCCCUCGACGUUACAGUCGUAAACGAACCAUUGAUGGUAAUCCCAUUAUGUACAAUGAUGAUUCAAAGGAUUACAAUUCAGAAAUCAAAAUGUUGCCACGACAUGAACGUUAUGAUUCUACACCUUUAAUAUCUCCUUUAUUUGCACCUAAAAGAAUCAAAGAUUCUCCUGCUCAACAACCGACUACACCACAAGCACCAGCCAAUGCACAAAGCAAUACCACGCACUGGUCUGAAGACGACGAUGUUUGUUUAAUUUCAUUUAUUAUCCAAUACUCUUUCAAUUGGGAUUUGAUUUGUGACGCUCUCAACUCUGUUCGACUUCCCAUCACCGGAUUAAAACGCACUCCCUGGGAAUGUCACGAUCGUUGGAAGCGUAAUAACUUGACUUCCUUGUCUGGACAAGUCAGCAGUGCAUAUACGUCCAAAUUAAAGCGUGAACUUAACCGUCGUCCAACCACCAUUCGAUUCGAUUCGCCUAGUAAACGUCAACGACAGUACAAUGUCUUUGAAGCUAUUAAAAAGACACAAAAGAAACGUGAAGAAUCUGAAAAGCAUGCGAGCACCGCCAUGGCUCCAUUACCUCGCCCUACUAUCGAAAUUCAUGGUACGAAUAGUUCAGGCCAACGUUUACCUUCUGCCAUGGAAAUGAGUAUGCAUAAAGCUCAACGAGAAAGACAAAUGGCUCAAGCUGUAUUGGAACAACGUCAGUUAUCUGCUGCCAUUAGUUUAGGAUCUCAAACACCGAACGGUACACCUCGCUCAGCUGCUGUACCUCAAUCACAGGCUGCUGCUCAACAGGUGCGACCUCCGAUGUCAGUCGCUACUACCGCGGCCGCUGUUGCUGCGCAAGCGCAAGCUCAAGCGCAAGCUCAAGCACAGGCACAGGCACGAGCUACACCUAUGGCGACCGCUACCUCUUCUGCUACUCCUGCUAUCACCGCCACUACCGCUAAUGUCUCAUCUCCCGUUUCACAAAACGCUGUCCGACCACCUCAGCUUCCGAUGAAUCAACAAAACAAUAAUGUGGCUGCAGGUCUGCCACUGAAUCGAUACCCUGCUGCUCAACUUCAAUUAUUGAGACAGCAACAAAUGGUUUUAAUGGCGGCUGCUCAACAACAGGCCCAACAGCAAGCUGCCCAACAACAGGCCCAACAGCAACAAGCUGUAAAUGGACAACAAGGCCGUCCUCCUACGCCCGCCUCAAUUCAACGUUUUGCAAAUGCAAUCCAAGCAUCACAGCAGCAACAGGCUCAACAACAGCAACAGUUGCAGCAACAAUUACAAUUACAACAAGCUCAACAGCAAGCUCAAAUUUUAGCUGCUCAACAGUUAGCUCAACAACAACAGCAGCAACAGCAGCAACAGCAGCAACAACAACAGCAGCAACAGCAGCAACAACAACAGCAGCAGCAGCAGCAACAGCAGCAGCAGCAGCAGCAGCAGCAACAGCAACAGCAGCAACCUACACAUACUCCGGCUCCUAGUGCAGAAACCGUUGCACAACAAGUGUCUCAAAUGGCGUCGCCAGCUGUAGUGCCACAACAAAGCCCUCAACGUUCUCAAACGACCCCUCAGUCCUCCCCACAACCACAAAAUCAACAGCAGCAACAAGCAGCGAUUGCAGCACAAUUACAUGCAGCACAAUCGAAUCCACUGAUGUUUGCAGCACAAUUAGCACAGAUGGGAUACCCCAUUUCACAAUUACCUGCCAAUCAGCAACUUCAAUUGCAACGUUAUCUUGCUCAACUUCAAAUGAGAAAUGCAGCUGUGGCAGCUGCGACAGCAGCAGCAGCGGCGGCGGCUAAUAAUAAUGGCAAUGGGGUGAAUACAGAGGGGGGUAGUCCUGUGCAACAGGGAUCGAACAACGUGAAUUUACAAGCAGCGUUACUUGCUCAACAACAGUUACAACGGUUGCAACAAGUUCAACAAGCUCAGCAAGCUCUUCAAAUGCAACAACAACAACAACAACAACAACAGCAACAACAGCAACAACAGCAACAGCAACAACAGCAGCAACAACAACAGCAACAGCAACAACAACAACAACAGCAGCAACAACAACAACAACAACAGCAACAGCAACAACAGCAGCAGCAGCAGCAACAGCCUCCUUCAUAA